GUGGGUGGACGUGUGUGAUAUUUUUAUUGUUUUUGUUAUAUAUAUAUAUAUAUAUAUAUAUUCAAGCUUACAAAGGGCUUAGUAUUUCAUUUGAGUCUACCGACAAUAUUUAUACAAUAAAUCGCGUAUGAAAGUAUGUCUUGUUUAUGUGGGCCGUGAAAUCAUGUGAUAAUUCUUAGUAAACAUAAAUCAGGAAUCACAACAAGGACAGGCAUUGCCUAGUGUGAAGGAAGCAAAACCUCCACCAUGGUAUCAUCCGGCAUGAAGAGUGGGCUGCUCAUGGGCUUCGGCUCAGCUUUCGUGGUGCUUGGAGCUGUGGCCGUGGUGUACUGGCCGGCCUUGUUCUUGGCGCAACUGCAGAAGAUGAUGGUCCUCUCAAACACUUCCACGUCAUUCGGCAUUUGGCGGGAAGUCCCGAUCCCCAUGUACCUGGAGUGUUUCCUGCUAAACAUCACCAACGUGGACGAGAUCCUGGCGGGGCACAAAGUCCCCAUACGAGUGUCGCAAAUGGGCCCGUAUGUCUACAGAGAGCAGCAUAUAAAGGAGAACAUAACGUGGCAUGACAACAACACGAUAUCGUACUAUAACCAGCGGACGUGGCACUUCGAACCUGAGAUGUCCAACGGUAGCCUGUCCGAUAUGGUCACCAGCGUCAACCCUAUCAUCGUGACGGUAGCGCACUUCAUUCGCCACCAGAACAGCAUAGUUCGGAUGGGCGCGGAGAUAUUCAUGCGCGCCUUCCACGACAACAUGUUCAUCACGGCCAACGUGUCCUCGUGGCUGUUCGACGGCAUCGAUGACCGAGUGCUCGACAUCAGCUCGCAGAUCCCGGCCGUGCAGCUGCCCUUCGACCGGUUCGGCUGGUUCUACACGCGCAACAACUCCAUGGAAUAUGACGGCAUAUUCCUGAUGAACACCGGCGCGGAGGACUUCAUGCAGCUGGGCAACAUCGAGAAGUGGCGAUACAGCAACCGCACCAUGUACCGCGAUGAGUGCGGCGAGGUGCGCGGCUCCGGCGGCGAGCUGUGGGCGCCCGAGUUCGGCCAGCCCGAGGUGCAGGUGUUCGCGCCGGAUAUAUGCACAUACAUGACCCUGGGCUUGGACAAGGAGGUGCACGUGGACGGCAUCGACGGGGUCCAGUACGCCGCCAACACCUCCAUCUUCGACAACGGGUACAACUACCCGAGAACGGCAUGCUACUGCGACGAAACCCGCGACAGAGACUGCCUGCCGUCCGGCGCUCUCAACGUGUCGGUGUGCCGCUACGGCGCGCCCGCCUUCGUGUCGCUGCCGCACUUCCUGCACACCGACCCCUACUACCCCAGCAAGAUCGAGGGCUUAGACCCCACCGAUGAACACAACUUCAGACUGUCGUUAGAGAUGAUGACGGGUAUGCCGCUCCAAGUCGCCGCGCAGCUGCAGAUCAACUUGCUGGUCCGACAUGUGAACCUAGUCACCCUCAACAACCAGUUGCCGGAUCCAGACACGCUGGUGCCGAUGUUCUGGUUCCGGCAGGAGGUGCGCAUCACGCCCGAGUACGCGAGGCUGGCGCGCAUGGCGCUCAACCUGCGGUACGGCGUGCCCUACGCGCUCUACACCGUGACUGGCCUGGGACUUCUUCUAAUAGUGUCAGGCAUCAUAGUACUAAUAAGAAGACUGCUACUGUCUCCAGAGACUACGCCCAUACUGGCCGCCGAGUCGACUUCGGACGAACAAUGACUAGGAAGGUUUUAAUUAUGGUAACUAGGUGGGAAGUUAUGAAGGUAUUUUAGUUUACACACGUUGAUAUGCCAUUCUACGCCUUCCAUUCUAUAAUCCUUUAAGUAAUAUUUAUUUCCAGUUAUCAAUACUUAAUACAUGGAAAUUAAAUAACAUCAUAAAUCAUAAUACUGAAUGUAUGCAUCAAUGAAGAGCAAAUACUCAGACCACUGAGCAACUUUUGCUAUGGAGUCAACACUUAAAUCGCUGGGAUAAAAAUGGAAGUUCGAUACACACGAUGAAAAUGUAACUAACAUCCAAUCCAUGAUUUCGGAGUUGGUUAAGUUGCUCGGUGCGAAUUAAACAUUGACGUGUUUGAGUGAUUGCUCUUCGUUUAGUUACAUUCUGCAUAUAAAGAUUGUAAACUUUAUUGACGACAAUAUGAACAACGAGUUACAGAUGUAGUGCGAAAAGCUUUUCCUUCGUAUUUUUUCGGAAACGUUCGUAUUUGUCAUGCUAGUUCAGACAGUGUCAGUACGUCAUGUACUGAAAUAGCAUAACACGUUCGUACGUUUCUGUAAAGAAACGAAGAAAAAAUUUCGCACUAUAUGCACUACUAUGAUAUUGAUAGUUAAAUAGUUUUCUAGUAUUGUAAAAAAUGCAGGAGAAAAUGUAGAAAGAUAAGAUUCAAAAUCAAAUAAAUAUAUUAGGGUCUUAGACGAAGGAUUAAAAGACUGCAUGUUAUAAGGGCUAACUAUCUAUUUAUUUAUAGUACUUAGUAAAUGUCGCGUUAUCGACAUAUGAUAGAUACAAUAAAUUGCAUUGCCGAACGUUACACAACUUGCUUUCUUCUCUACGUUUGAGGCGACAUUUUUACUAUUUAUAACUUACCUAAAUACAUACUUUUGUUUAAUAUUGAAAAUAAAAAUAACAUUGUCGUGAUUAUCGUAUAACAUGACCUGACUGACAGACCUAAAAAUAUUCUCUAAAUUAGUUUCGUCGCAGAGCAAUAUUCAGCACACUUGACUGAUAUCUUAAUCACACAUUGUGCAGCCUGUGUUACGAAAUAUUAUAUAGGUAUUAUGUAAGACAAAUAUAAUUUAACAAACCUAAGUGCCUUACCAUGUUUGAUAUAUAUGUAACCUAUAUUAAUUAAGAAUGGUUAUCUUGGAGAAUUUAAAAUUUUCUACCUAUUUUCUUAAAUAGUUUAUUUAAGUUAUACCUACUACCCGACAGACAGUUAUGACUUGUUAUGAAACCAGCAUUAUGAUCAUGUUUGAUGUAAACGUUUCAUUUUUUUGUAUUAUUAUUUACUAGGAUACGUAGCCAACACGCCAACUGCUCAUGUUUGUAUCGAACGAAACGCAACAGUCACAUUAAUACGAAAAAGUGAUAAACAACAAGCGUUUCGUUAUCGUAGCGCCAGGGAUUGUCAUAUUUGCUAGGUAACCUGGCAGGCAAGCAUUGGUUGCGCGAUAAAUGAUAAAACAUCAUGCCGUCCCUGUCGCACUUUCAAAUAGUGCGAAAAGGACGGCCUGACGCUAUAUCGUUUAUCGUGCCACCAUGCUAUCGGUUCUGGUUUGCAACAACAUGUGGCUAUACUAGAUAGACUCAUCUUAACCGAAAUAAAUCGUAGACCAAAUUGUAUUUAGUAAAUCAGUAAUUAUAGUUAAAUACCACAGAGUUAAAAUAUAGUCAGAAGUACCUACGCUAAGAGGAAUACAUGGCAACCCGAUUAUCUUGUGUUUACGUGUCGGACUCACAGUACGCACACAUUCACAACUCGCGGCGGUAGUGAAGGGCUUGUCACGAAGUCAGUUCUGUCUUAAGAGCACCUCUGCCUAUCUUCAACUCAGUAUUUUAUAAAUAGGAUGUUAGGAGUGCAAACAUAUCUGACACAGUCUUAUUUCUAGAACAUUAAGAGCGUGUCAUAUAUUUUUGAUGCCUUCAGAAUGUAACAUGUUAUUGCGGGUGACUGUACUGCAUAUAGUUACUUCCAUGUUCUGCUUAUACGUUUUCCAUCUAAUUUAUAGGUAUUAUACAGAUCAAGUUCGAAAUGUUUUUCCUUCGUAUUUUCACAGAAACUAGCAUGACAUGACACGUUCGUGAGUUUCCGUGAAAACGUGAGGGUAAUAUUGUACACAUUUCGCACUACAUCUGGACAAACUAUAUUUUUAGGUUAUUUAGAUUUUUAGAUGAAAUUUUAUUUAAUAGAAUAUUUAUUUGAUUAGAACAGUAGAUAGUUGAAUAUGUUAUAUUCAAAUCCAACAGUUUCCAUAUUCACUAUCGUUAAUUUAACAGAGUUGUCAAAAAAAUUAAAGCUAUCUCAAAAAACAUUCCAGCAUACACCUUAGUUUUUUAUAACUGACAACCUAAUGUUAGACGUUAUGGCAGCGCUAUUUAAGAGGGCACAAUUAGAAUUGGCCCGUGCAAAAGAAAUGGCUGUUCUGCUCAUUUGAUACACUUUGCUAUGGUUGUAUUGCCAACUUGGGUUUUUCGUCUCGAUCUAAAGUCUCGACUCGUAUCAAGAUUACUUGGUAUAAAACUAACCUUAAGGGAUCUUCUAAUACCUAAAUAUAUGUGUUGAUGUUUUUUCUGAUCUCAUCUACAAGGAACCCAGUCAUUAGUACCUACAUGUAAGCGAAAAUAUCGCCGGUUGAAAAACCGAACAUCGUGAGUGUUGUAUGUCGACCCGAGAUCUCUAGUACGCAAGACGUUCUAGUUGAUAAACAAGACCAAGUGCGGGUAGUCCGAAAAACUGGAACGGCUAGAAGAUGUGGAUAUCAACUUUCGCCUGUAUUCUCCGAGAUUACAAAGACAUCGCCGUCCUCGAAAGUUCAGAGGUAAAUUUAGAAACGUAUUCCCAUUUAACCAAACAAUAAUGAGUAAAAAUAGUGAAAAUUGAAUGAUACGGUCCAUACCUGAUCUUAGCUACUAUAAUGCUAACGUUACCAAAAAUAGUUUUAGAAGUCAUGUGAAUAGAGGGUCUAGCACUGCUGAUCGCAACUUGUCGGGCGAUUGUAUACAACACAUUUCUCGUUCAUAGUGUGUGAAAGAAACCACGUAGUGUCUCGCGCGGUUUGAUAGACUGUUGCGCUAAUCCUGUAGUUAAAGUUUAUAAUUUGCUGACCUUCUAUGGGACGUUUUUUAUUAUUAUUGUAACCAUGUUAAUAUUUUUUUAAUAAAAGACAUUGUUAUUAUUUAGAAGUAUUUAAUUGUAACUUUUACUUUGUUUCUUCCAUUAAUUUUAAGUUUAAAUAUGUUAACAAUAAAAUGAUCAAUUUGAAUGUAUACAGUAUAAAUAUAUGAUAUAAGCGACUGUAGAAAACAAAACUAAUUCAAGAACUUAAUGUCCAUAAUAUAUACUUGUUACAUUUUGUUCCUGAUUAUUCACUUAAAUGGGAAUUAGUAUGGUCAUAAUCAUAAUAUAAAGUCAAAGAUCCCUUUAAUUAUUUUGUCUAUGGAUUGUUUUGUAUAAAAAUGCCUAACGUUUGAGAGGCAUGACAGUAAAAUGCUCGCAAGAUAUACUAUUAAGUUACUCGUCCGUCUUUAAUCUAGAAAAAUACGGAUAGUCUAUCUCGCGGACGAAAUACUGCCGCGCCUCUUCUGUGCUAGGCUAGACAUUAAUGUUUACAUUCGUUUUACAUAGUCACACUACAGCUACUUACAGCUUGUUUGUUACCACUACCUAUAUUCACAUCCUAGACAGACAUCGUUAACAAUUCAUGUUUUCAUUUAAAUUCAGCUAACAAAAGAGCAACGCUCUUUGAGAACUAAGACAUAAUGUCCUGUUUAAUAAAAAUUGUCGAAGUUGUCUGUAUCUAGGUCACCUGAUUUUGUGCCAAUUAUGUUUUCGAGGCUAGUUAAGCAAAUGUUAUGUGAUUGUUGCUACAAUUUUAUAAAAUUUAAUAAAUAACAGAGAGUGAA